AUGGAUAAAAUCCUCGAUUUGAAUGCUGAAUUUGAUAUAAAAUUGUUUGACGAGAUUGUCUCAAGUGCUUUAAAUCCAUCAUCUCCAAACAAAGCAAUAGCCGAGAAUAUUCUUUUGCAGUUUAAAGAUCUUCCUAGCAGUUGGACCAAAAUCGACUGCAUUCUUAAAAACUCAUCUUCAAAACAAUCUCAAUUCAUUGCUCUGCAAAUUUUGGAGGAAACAGUGAAAAGCAAAUGGGUGCUGUUCAAUGAGGAAAUGAAAGCAGGACUUCGCCGGUAUGUUUUUAGUACAGUAAUUGAACGUUCAGCGCUCCCAUCAGAUAUUAUUUUGCAAAAGUUCAACUCGGUUUUGAUUGAAAUAGUGAAAAAAGACUGGCCAAAGAGAUGGCCAACCUUCAUUAGCGACCUGAUAGCGACUAGCCAAUCAACUUCCAUGCAGGUCAGUAUGAAUUCGUUGGUAAUCCUUAAGAAUAUUAACGAGCAGCUGUUUAUUGUUGGUGAUGAAAUUGCAACAACAAAGAAGAGACUCUUAAGAAAAACCCUAAAGCAGGAGUACUACACAAUUUUCCAUUUUAUCUCACUUAUUCUCGAAUAUAGUGAGACUCGAGAACUUGAUGAUGCCCUCCUAGAAAGCUGUCUUGGUGCAUUCAAGUCCUUCUGCAAAUCCAUGCCCCUGGAGUUUGUAUUUUCAACAAGAAUUGUGGACUUUAUACUAGGCCAUCUUAACUCACCACAUUCUAUUGCCACCCUUGAAUGUCUGCUUGAAAUUAUAGAACUAAGAAGGACAUACAAAGAGAAUGGGAUGCUAGAGCCCUCUCCAGAGGUCUUGGAGCAUGAAAAGCAGAAGAUUGCACUGAUUCACACCGAACUUCUCAACUUCUUCAAACUCUAUUUGGGAAAAUUUGAAUCGUACGGAGAAGUGUCCAAGCUCCACUUGGCCUUCAAAAAGAUAAACGAACAAGAAAAAAUGUUCGUUAAAAAAUAUGCAACAGUCUUUUCUUCUCUGUACUCAAUUUGGAUCUACGAGCUAAGUCUGGAGCAAAUUAAGCAGGGCCUUGGGUAUCUUGUGCAGCUGACCAAGAUUGAAGAUACAUCCAUUUACAAUGAGAUAUUUCCAUUCUGGACCAAGUUUAUAUAUGAAAUGUACUCGGAAUAUCCACUUAGAAUUCCGACAUCAAAGCCAUUGAGAAGAAACAGCUUCAUCUUUAUUCUCGAGGCUAUGCUGCCUGUAUUCACAAAUAACAUGCCUCGACCAGAAGAAGUGUUUAUUCUUGUCAAUGAUCUUGGUGAGAUUAUCAGAGAUAAAAAAGUUGAGACUAGUGAAAUUGAAUUUUAUAAGAAAAUGAGAUCAAACAUGUUUUACUUAUCCUUCUGUAUUGAGGAUUUUAUGAUUGACUUUUUUGUAAAGAAGAUCGAGCGGUUCAUUUCAACAAGCGACUUCGACCAUGUCUGGCUGAAUAAGAUCUGCUGGGCGAUUGGCUCUAUUUCUAAUGCGCUUGAAGAGUCAGUUGAGCGUGACUUCUUUGUUUCGAUAAUCAAAAAUUUACUCACCAUGUGUGAGCUAAGAAACUCCAAAGACGAAAAGGCCAUCAUUGCAUCUAACAUUAUGUUUAUAAUUGGCCAGUACUACCGAUUCUUGAAGUACCACAAUGACUUUUUAACGGUUGUCGUUAAGAAGUUAUUUGAGUUCAUGGAAGAAAAAUAUCAGGGUAUCAAAGAAAUGGCAUGUGAUAACUUUUUCAAGAUUUGUGAGAAGUGCCCCAACCAGUUUUUCCUAAAAAAAGACAAGGCAUACUUUUAUGAGGAGAUUUUAAAUGAUCUUCCGUCAAUCACGUCAAACCUUGACUAUUAUUUGCAGAGGAUGGUUAUUGAAGGCCUGUUGAUUGUUCUCAAACACAGCCAAAAGAAAGAUGCAAAGUAUGUGGAAAUGAUUUACGGCACUCUUACAAAUCAGGCUAUGCUUGAUGAGAGGUACAUCACCAGCAUCCACACCGUCAUCCAUGAGCAAUCGCAGCUCAAAAUGAUAGUCCAUCUGGUUGAAUCUUACUCUCUUGGUUUUAAAAUCACGCCUGAAAUAUUCCAAAAUAUUAACGUUUUAAAUUCAUUUUUAUAUCUUUACAAGCAUGUUUCUAAGCCUGAAGUUGCAUUUAAUUCGCUUGUCCAGAAAAACAUCCAAAUUCUUAAAACAUCCUUGGCCAACUUCUUUGAAACUGUCAUUUCCUCCGGCUUCGUUUACACGGACUUUGUUAAUAAUCUUUGUGAAAAUGUUUUGCUUGAUUUUAAAUCCAACUUUGACCCAGCCAUACUCUCACUUGCCAUUUCUAUUGUCUCAAACACCAAGAAUCAUGAGCAUCUUAUUGAGAUUCAGCGCCUUCAGUUUUUCAUAAAUAACCUAAUUGCACCUGCUGUACCAUAUGUUGUCAAGGCCGAUGAGCAUAUCGAACUGUCUAAAAAGUAUCUGUCACUUUUGAAUGAAAUGGCUGACAAAUCUUUCAAGAUAGUGUUCCCCAUUUUUACAGAAUCGCCUGCCUAUGAAUCCAUCGUCAACUCUGUUCUUUUCUCUCUCACGGGAUUAAGAGAGGUGUCGGUGUUGGCUCUUACCACUCUAAAGGUCUUUUUCAAACACUCACUUGAAAACAAGAUGUUUGGCUUCUUUAAUAGGUUCUACCUGAUCUGUCUUGAAAAUGUCUUGGGAUUGAUUUUCGACAAAGACAUGAGGCAGAACUACGAUGUACAAGUCGAAUUACUGUAUGACCUAAUAUCAUAUCUCAACAAAAUACCGUCGCUCAACAGUUCCAAUAACAACUAUGCAAUUGUAAGGGAGUUCGCCACAUCACUGUUCAGUAAAAACUUCAGAAACCUAACUGAAAACUCCGUGAAAAUUUUUAUUGAGGGAAUCUUGGAAAUUAAAAAUUUCCAGUUUUUCAAAGACCACCUGGAUGACUUCAACGUGAAAAUAUAUGAAUAUGGGGAUGAUGAGGACAUUCAGGAUGAAUUAGACCUUCUAAAAGAACGUGUGGCUGCAGGAAUCAACUAA